AUGGACGAUCCACACAACGACGAGGUCUUGAGUCAUGCCGAGUUCUGGGACGGACGGUAUUCCGUGGCGGUGAAGGAAGGUGCUGAGGCGAAGACUGAGAGUACAAAAACAGCGCCAACCGACGAGCCAACACACGAGUGGUUCCGCUCCUACAGCGACCUCGAGCCGUUUUUGGCCAACGUGCUGUUUGGCCGGCCAAGAUGUCGACCGGCCGACAAUCCCAGUGUCCUGCACCUCGGGUGUGGUGAUAGUGUCAUCCCUGCUGAACUCGAGACGCGCGGCUACCGCAACCAGCUCUGCGUCGACUUCUCGUCGACGGUGAUCCAGCUGAUGACGGCGCGGUACGCGGGCCGGUCCAUGCGGUGGCAGCAGAUGGAUGUGCGCCACAUGACCGACGUGCCCUCGGCGUCCGUCCACGUCUGCUUCGACAAGGGCACGCUCGAUGCCAUGAUCCACGGCAGCCCGUGGAGCCCGCCGGACGAUGUGCUGGACAACACGGGCCGCUACUUGCGGGAGGUGUACCGCGUGCUGGCAGACGAGGGCGUGUUUGUGUACGUGACGUUCCGGCAGCCGCACUUUAUCCGGCCCCUCUUUGACAAGAGUCUGCAGGGCGACGACGGCAAAGCGUGGAGCAUGGAGCUAGAGAUUCUAGGCGGCACAGAAGGGACGUUCAACUAUUAUGGCUGGGUCAUAAUGAAAGGGAAGUCGAGUCAAUAA